CUUUACUUUUAUUUUCACUUUUGGGGAAGCUGGAUUUUUACGUGUUCCCUCUGUACUAUGGAUUUUUUUCUUUCUCCCAUUUACUACUUCUAGAUGACUUGCCGGGGGUAUCUGAUGCCACUUAAGGGAUCAGUCAAAACUUCUCAGUACUCAAUACUUUCACCAGCCUCUAAAUCAGCUUAAUCCAGCAGUGCCCAUCUGGAUUCAGACAUGGAGAUCCAGAAGAGUAGUUGGGAGUAACAGCCUUGGUGAUCCACCCCUGUGUUACCCACUGGAAGAGCAUUGUAACCCUCAAAGCUCUGUUCCUUGGCUAUGUCAGACAAGAGAAUUAGCAAACGAGGGAGGGCGGCCUCAGGGAAUGCGCAGCUUGAGAGGAAGACCCAGAAGGCUAAGAUGGUUCUGUUGGGAAGCAGUGGAGUUGGGAAGUCCAGCCUGGCUCUUCGCUUCACUAGGGAUGAGUUCAAGAGCACCGUACCCACAGUGGGAUGUGCUUACCUGACCCAGAUGGUGUGUUUACAUGAGACCACCUUGAUGUUUGAGAUCUGGGACACCGCUGGCCAGGAGAAGUACCACAGUGUCACCCCGCUGUACUACCGGGGGGCGAACGCAGCCCUCGUGGUGUAUGACAUCACCAACAGGGACACCUUUGUCCGGGCUCAGUGCUGGUUGCAGGAGUUGGAGAGACAGUAUAUUGUAGGAGAGACAGUGGUUGCUCUGGUGGGGAAUAAAGCAGAUCUCUCAGAUUUACGCCAGGUGGAGCUGCAGGAGGCGCAAAAUCUUGCAGAAAAGAAAGGCUUGCUGUUCAUGGAAACGUCAGCAAAGUCAGGCAAGAAAGUGAGUGAGCUCUUCAUGGCUAUAGCCCACAGGUUACUACAGAAUGCGGAUGAUGGCAGAACGACUUUAAUGCACUGGAGUGACACUCGUGCGGAUCUACACGUACCGGAGAGUCAGGAGAGCAGGGAGAGCAGGGAGUCAUGCUGUAGACGCUGAAGGAAGGGGCAGUCACAAUUAACUCAUCCAUUCUGAACUGAGGUUCACCUCUCACUCUGCAAGAUUGACAAGAUCUUGGUCUCAUCUAAACUGCACCGCCUCCUAAAGCCUUGCCGGAGUAUUUGGAGUUGGAGCCCAAAUGGAGGAGUACCCCGUUAUUGAACCACAAACCCCACUCCAUACACUGCUGCUCCUGGUAUUUAAUGGAGGUCUCCUGCACAAGUACUGACCAGGGCCAACUGCCUAGCUUCUGACCUGCCAGGAUCACACUCCAAGGUAGUCUGGCUGCAGAUGUAACAGAGCAAUGCCAUUUGCUUGGUUUUCAUAUGGACCGCAUCGCUUUAGGUCCUAGUCCUGCAGGAACAUAAGGGACCGACCUUCUGAAAAAAAAAACAAUUGUACAUAUUAGUCUUGCAUGCCUAGCCUGUAUGAUAAAGGCCCA